GUCGUGCUUCCCUACCGGUGCGGCCUGGGCGGCGGCUUCAUCGCCACGUACUACAACAGGCAAAGUCAGGAGGCCAGAGCCAUCGUGGCCAGGGAGGUGGCUCCGGCCAGCGCAUUUCCGGACAUGUACCGGGAGAGAGCCAACCAAUCUCUCCAUGGUUUCACGGCGGUGGCCGUGUUCGGCGAACUGCGCGGCUACGAGGCGCUGCUCAACUUGACCGGCACGAAUGUCCCCUGGAACAAGCUCUUCGCGAAGGCCAUCGAGUACGCCGAUAGCGGCUUCGAGGUCAGCGCGGAAUUUGCCCAGGUCAUCCAGGAGCACUCGCAGGCCAUCAGCGACGACUAUACCAGGACGCUCAGGCAAAUGUUAAUGAACGCAAAGACGGGAAAAUUCUUUGAUAAAGGAGACAUCUUCCACAACAAGGUGCUGGCCCAGACGCUCAAGAACAUCUCUGACAACCCGCUGAAGGGGAGUUCUCUGUCCACAGGCCCGUUGGCUGAAGCCAUGUUGGGCGACAUCAACAAGUAUGGCAACGAGCACAUCACCCUGACCGACUUGAAGAAUUACGAACCGUGGGUGGCGAGAGUGCAGAGCCUGCAGCUGUCCAAUGAGGAACGCGUACUUGUGCCUCUGCCGCCCUCGGGCGGAGUGUUAACGGCCUUCGCCCUCUCCAUCAUAGACAACUUUCGCAGUAAUGCCGGCCUUCUGCCCGACGACGUCUUGUCCGCGCAUCGUGUGGUCGAAGCCCUGAAGUUUGCCUACGGGACACGCCCGAAGAUGGGUGACUUGCGGAAGGUGCCGAGGGUGUCCUCGCUCAUUAGCUCCAUCAUGAGUCCGGACAGGGCCACGGAGAUCGCGCAGAAGAUCAGCAGCAAGCCUCACCCGAAUGUGGAGGAUUAUGGCCUCGACUCCGUGAGCGCGGAAGACCACGGCUCGGGCCAGCUUGUCAUCGUAGCGCCCGACGGUGACGCUAUUGCGAUGACGAGCACCAUCAACACCCCUUUCGGAGCACUGGUUGCGUCCAGUUCAACUGGAAUCAUUCUCAACAACCAGAUGCACGACUUCUCGACGCAGGGUACUGCAGACGUUUACGGCUUCCCGGCGGGAAAGGAGAACGACAUCGCACCAGGCAAGAGUCCCAUGUCCUCCUUGACGCCCCUUAUCGUAGUCGACCGAUCUGGCGACGUGCUCUUCGUCGGGUCGGCGCUGGGCGGGACGAAAUGCACCUCCGCCUUGACGCAGGUCGUGGUGAGGACCCUAUGGAUGCAGCACACAGUCAAGGAGGCCAUUGACGCCGGUCGCCUGCACAACCACCUCUUGCCAGAGAACGUUGUCAGGUACGAGAAGACCGCGGACAAGGACGUGCUCUGGUGGCUCAAGAAGCAGGGUCACGUGCUGGCCUCCGACCAGUGGCAGGGCGACGUCAUCGCCGUGCAGCGCGUCCAGUCGGAAAAGGUUUACCGCGGGAACUACGACUUCCGACACACGAGCAGCGGGGCUCUCGACGGAGCUUAACCGUAAACAGCACGGCUUUAUAGAUAGCCCAGUCGGGAAGCGGCAGAACGCUUCCUGUUUCCUACGGGACAUACGUGCCCUAAUUUUACGCUUCAAAUACAUGUACAACUUUUGCUGCGUAGUAAUUUUUGCUCGGUGCUGCUCAAAGCAUUGAGCGUUCGUGAUUAACCUCCCACAUUCUCAAGCUGAUCCAGACUCCUCCAAAUAUUGGGAUCUCGCAUGCAAGCAAGACUUGUGUAAAGGCUUCUUACCACCAAGUACAGUUAUUGU